GUCCGCUUGACACUGUUGGGAAAAGCACCGUGGCUGAAAACUUUCGGGAAAAUGGAAAAAGUAACAGGCGUAAAGACUUUAUCCGUGCAUCCGCUGGCGAGAUAAGGGACGACAGCGAUGGAUCUGUGUGUUUUCUCCCCGAGGCGGGUCUCGAACUGACAAUGGUGUCGAAGGAGGAAAAAAACGCAGAUUUUAACGCAUUUCCAUUGAACGCAUAUUUACCCAUGGAGAAAGGAGCAAGUCGGGAGUCAUGAGCACAGGUGUGAAGAAGCCUCCAUUAGCUCCCAAACCUAAACUCCCCACCACCACCACCACCACCAAACCUUCACCCCCACCCAUCGCCCCCAAACCGGGUCUCCUCUCCCAGUCUUCGGUCGUCUCUCUCUCCCAACCUUCCCCUGCUACCCUCAAGAGGACAAAACCGGCUGUUGCCCCCAAACCGUGCAUUCCCAAGUCCGCCGCCUCGUCUCCUCCUGUUUCACCUCCGCCACCCAAACCCAGCGAACCCCUCAUCGUAUCUCAGGAAUCGGAGGAGGCUUUAGGCGACAGCCUCUCGCUUCUCAACUCCAGAAAUGGGAUUUUAUCAGAGGCGAACAACAAACGAGAGUCGGAUUACAUCAUUCCCACCUGCUCCUGCGGGAUCGAGGACUCGUCCCAGUGCCAGCAUCUGGAAAACGGAAAUACGGCCGAGAUCGGGAGCGAUUUGCACCAAGAGCUGUUGCAGAAUGGGAUUUCUACGUCGGGGACGAGGGCACAGGAGAAAGCGGAACAGCGGGAGGAGAAGGGUGAAGGUGGAGGGACGAGCAGAAAGCCCAGGGAUAAACCUCAAAGACAGAGACACCUGGAGAGGGUAUCGGUAAACAGAGAGGCGCAGAGGGAGACUGUCAAACAUCAGGAAAGUGCUGCAGCUGAGCCUGAUAUUUCAAAAGCGGAUGUACAGACUGAGGCCCAAAACUCAGAUUUAACAGACUCGGCCUGUGAUGUUGCAGGCAGCAUCAUUUUCUCUCCUCAUGAGUCCUCUGCAGAAUCCUUCCCGGUCAAAUGCAAAGCAUCCCCCCCUAGGUUACACCCCGAUCUGCAGGUACCUGCUGCCCCCAGUAAGCCUCUCCCGGUCCCUCACCCACGCAAACAUAAAAAGCCAGCCCUGGUGAGGCAGGAUUGCGUGGAGGGCAGCGCCCAGGAUCAUGUGGCUGUGGCGGAGGAAUCGAAAGAGAUGCGAGAGGCUGAGGGGAGUCUAGCCGGUCUGUCUCUCAGGUCAGAGGGCGAGGAGCUCAGACAGGACGCAUGCGAUGACCCGUUAACACAGAAAGACUCAGGUUUAGGAGAUGAUGAGACCGACGCUCCCGUCCCUCCUCCUCGGCAGACCUCCCUUUCGCCUCGCCUUCACAGAACAAUGCCCACCUCUCUUAACAAAAACACCUCCCACUCCUUACUCCUGCUCUCGCAACCUGACUCGACGAGCCACAAGAAAGAGGGCGGGGAGCAUCGGGUGGAGGAGGAUGAGGAGGACGGGUACGGUGACUUUGAGCGCUACCCGAUCACUCACAGCCUCCCCAAGCAGAUCAAACUGGGAUGUCACCCUCCGCUGGCCAACGCGAGGAAAGCCUUCUCCGCCGAGGAUCAGCAGUCCCCGAGAGCGCCGCCCAGAAAACCUCAAAGACACAGCCUGCCAGCGCCCCCUCCGCCCUCCAUCUGCCCUCCCGCGCCUCCGCACGCCAACACCCCGAUGAGGGAGCUGCCCGCGCCUCCUCAGGAGAAAACAGCCUGGCGCUUCACCCGACCCUGCGUGACCUUCUUCAGCCGCCAGAUACCCACCAGGAGCAGCGUGCCGCCAAAGAGCCGAGCUCCAGCUCUGGGGGGCAAGCAGAGGGCGCAAUCCUUCUCCGCGGCCGACCUCGCGACCCGGGCGGACUCUCAAAAGAGGAGCCUCUCCUUCCGGAAGCUGCUGGAGCUCAGGCUGUCUGUGAAGAUGCUGCCAAAGCUGCUGGCCAAGGGAGGCCAGUCUCUGGACUGCACCAGCGUGGAAGAGUCAAACCGGGGGCAGAAAAGCCUGGAGAGGCCCAAGAGCUGCAUAGGGGCGGGCGAUAUUUGCGGAGAAGGUGUGGAGGAAUCGGUGGAGUAUGAGAACGUUCCUCUGUAUGAGGAGAUCCCGGAGUACAUGAACCUGCCGUUUCACAGCGCCAGGCUGGGCUGGCCACAUGACCCGGAUGCAGACGACUCGGACAUCUACGAGGUGCAGGAUCCCUACCACAGAUACCAGGACCACGAGUACGAGAGCGGCUGGCUGAGGCAGGACGUCCACUCUGAAGAGGAGGAGGAGGAGAUCCACAGUUCAGACGAAGAGGACAACAGCUCCACCUCCAGCAAGGAGAACCUGGACGAGGCAGACCGUCAGCAGGAGGAUGAGAUGAAGAGGAAGAAGGUGGUGCACAUCGCCCAGGAGAUAAUGAGCUCCGAGAAAGUGUUUGUGGACGUCCUCAAGCUUCUUCACAUAGACUUUCGGGAUGCUGUUGCCAAGGCAACCCGUCAGAACGGGAAGCCGGUGGUGGACGAGCGGAUCCUCAGUCAGAUCCUGUAUUACCUGCCGCAGCUGUACCAGCUGAACAGAGACCUGCUGAGGGAGCUGGAGGAGAGAGUGGCACACUGGAGCGAUCACCAGAGACUGUCGGACAUCUUCGUCCAGAAGGGUCCUUACCUGAAGAUGUACUCCACCUACAUCCGCCAGUUUGACAACAACGUGGCGCUGUUGGACGAACAGUGCAGGAAAAACACCGCGUUCUCCGCCGUGGUCAAAGAGUUUGAGAUGAGUCCGAGAUGUGCCAGCCUGGCUCUGAAACACUACCUGCUGAAACCAGUGCAGAGGAUCCCUCAGUACCAGCUGCUGCUCACAGAUUAUCUGAAGAACCUCCCAGAAGACUCUGAGGAUUACAAAGACACACAAGCCGCCCUCAGCAUCGUGAAAGAAGUGGCCAACCACGCUAACGAUAUCAUGAAACAAGGGGACAACUUCCAGAAGCUGAUGCACAUUCAGUACAGCCUCAACGGUCACCACGAGAUCGUUCAGCCGGGCAGGGUGUUUCUGAAGGAGGGCACUCUGAUGAAGCUGUCCAGGAAAGUCAUGCAGCCACGGAUGUUUUUUCUGUUCAACGAUGCACUCAUGUACACCACUCCGGUCCAGUCUGGCCAGUAUAAACUCAACAGUGUCCUCUCUCUGGCCGGGAUGAAGGUGAGUAAACCCAGUCAGGAGGCCUAUCAGAACGAGCUGAACAUCGAAAGCGUCGAGCGCUCUUUCAUCCUGUCGGCCAGCUCGGCUACAGAGAGAGACGAGUGGCUGGAGGCCAUCGCCAAGGCCAUAGACGACUACACGAAGAAGAAAAUAACCUUCAUAUCAAGUCGAAGUCAGGAGGAGGCUGAGGGCGUCGUCGACAGCGGCGCCCCGUUAGGUUCAAAAGCUCCCAUCUGGAUCCCAGACCUGAGGGCCACCAUGUGCAUGAUCUGUACCUGCGAGUUCACCCUCACCUGGAGGAGGCAUCACUGUCGCGCCUGUGGCAAGGUGGUGUGUCAGGCGUGCUCUGCCAAUAAGUACUACCUGGAGUACUUGAAGAACCAGCCGGCACGCGUGUGUGAUCACUGCUUUGCCAAGCUGCAGGAGAACAGUGACCGUUGCGCCUCAACGUCAGUUUCUCCGAUCAAAUCUGGAGCGUUCUCCUUCACGAGAAAACAGAAGAAGAUUCCUGCUGCACUAAAAGAGGUUUCAGCCAACACGGAGAACUCCUCCAUGAGCGGCUACUUAAACAGGUCAAAAGGCAACAAGAAGCAGUGGAAGAGGCUGUGGUUUGUCAUCAAGAACAAAGUCCUGUACACCUACGCCGCCAGUGAGGAUGUUGCGGCGUUGGAGAGUCAGCCCUUGCUCGGGUUUUUCCUGAGGGAGGAGAAGAACGGGCCGGCUCAGAAGCUGCAGUUCAAGCUGUAUCACAAAAAUACGCUGUUUUACAUCUUUAAAGCUGACGACAUCCCCACCGCACAGAGAUGGAUCGAAGCCUUCCAAGAGGCCAUGAUUCUCGAACAGUAACUCGAUUUUGCAGCAAAGCGAAGUCGAAGUAUCACAGCCCCGGAGCCAGUUGAUAGACAACUUACGACCCCCGAUCGAUGUCAGGUCGAGGGGUCACCAGCUCAGGAAGGAAAACUCCGGAUUGGACUGUUAAACAGAAAAAACCCACUGCAGAGCGCCACGUAUUCCCCUCCCGAGAACUGGAUUCUGCUCCUCUAAAACACAUUUCUCUACUGAUGCUCAGCGGUGCUGGCUGAGGUCACGGUUAACGGUUUGUCGCAGCUGUGGGUCAAAGGUCAAGUCCAGAAGCAAGUGUGUGGAAGUGAGACAGAAACAGUUGUCAGGAAUAUUUAAAGCCCUCGGAAAUCCAAGGAAGUCUGGGAAUCAUUUUGAACUGCAGACGGAUGAAGGAAUUACUUCUGCGCGACGCGAGAUAGACGGGAUCGUCCGCCUGCGUUCGGGCAUAUUGGGUCUCGUAGUUUAAAAUCUAAAGAUAGAUCAAUCAUAAAAUAUUCUAAAAAUCUGUGUCGCUCAGAGUUUAAAGAUGUAACAAGGUGGGAUUUUACUGUGAAAAUCCAGCUUCUGCAACGAAACAGGAAGUUCUGGAAGUUCUGCUCUUUUAGGUCGAUCUCUCUGGUUAAGAGAUUUUUACUCCUGUAUCUUUUUAAAUUUAACAAACAAAACGUGGCUUUUAAAUAAAUAGAAUUUAAACAAAAACAGCAUCCUGGAGAAAACUGGAAACAUCCUGAAUAUUGUAGAUAUUUUUCAUACAGUUUUUUUUAAAGUGUGUUUAGCCCCAUUAGAAAUGGUUAAUGGGUAAAAAAAACAAAAACUGUAUAUGGACAUGAAAGAGCAACAUUGACCUUUUUUUUUUUUUUAUAUCAAAGCCAAGAGCUAAUAUUUAUAAAAUAGGAAGAUUUAUUGUUUGAAAAAGCACAGGCUGCCACUUAUUUUGGGAGUCGGGGGGGUCGGGGAGGGAAAUAUUUUUCCAUCCAAACGUAAUCUUUUAAAUUUAAAAGAUCUUUGCUUACAGAAAAAGGAGCUUUUUUUUUUUUUUUUCAAAUGUAUGAGCAAAUACUGUGGAAAGUAUUCAUGAACUAUAUUUCUGAGGAAAUGCUCAAAAGGAAGAAAAUUGAAUUUUUUGCAGACGUUGUGCCUUUUUUUUUUUUUUUUUUUAAAUAUAUCUCCAGUUCUGAGAUAAAUCGCAAUAAUAUAGGUGCUCUGUUUAAAACUCUUCACUAAAUAAGGACAGAUUAAAAGCAUGACUACUCACUUUUAUAGCCAGGGUACUCUGGGGUUUGUAGUUUUAAAACAGUACUUCUUCAGGUCUUGGUUAAAGUUGCCGUUUGUUGCACUACCCCGUCAGGGCGAAAUGAGUUCACAGUCGAAGAAACCCAAAUGUUACUUUUAUAUUUGAGUGAAGGAAUAAUACUGUCAGUAGAGCUCUCAGAUUUGGGCUAGUCUGGUGUGAAAAUGCUAGUCAGGAGCUACCAAACAUGCAUUUCUUCACUGAUUGUACAUUAACAUUUGUAAGCAUCUACUCUAUCAGAGUUAGAGUCUCCUAUAAGCAAUGAUUCUAAACUGUCAGGCAACAGUUUUUAAUAAAAAUAUAUAUAAAUAUG